AUGGCUCCCAAGAUCCCUUGCAAUAUUGCAGGUAGAUGCUCUUCAGCAAACGAUAGUAAACACGAAUUCUCCAGAAUUUUGUCCCAUUCCACUUCUCUCUCCUAGACUAUCCUCCUUGUUUCUGACAAUGCACCCCAGGCUUGUGAUCGUGGCAGCAUUGAGCCUCUGGCACAGCACAGACAUCUUUGUGCCAUGACAGCAGUUCUUAGGCAACAGGGCAUCUCAACCCCCUCUGUGCAAUGCACUUGCAAAAAUUUUAAAAGCAGAGAGUCAGCUUUUUUUUUUUUGCCAAAAGAAGCAGCUACUUUCUUACAGGGUGUUACUUCGUCAUUUUGUUUGUUUGCUAGUUGAAAAAACGCAAUAAAAACAUGUGGCUUUAUUGUUUCAAAAACCAUCUGCACACCAUACAUUUAAAGCACGGCCACCAAAGAAUUCUGGGAACUGUAGAAUUUGUUAAGGGUGCUGGGAACUGUAGUUUGGUGAGGCUUGAACUACAAUUCUCAGAAUUCUUUGGGACAGGUCAAUGUGCUUUAAAUGUAUGGUGUAUGUGCAGGAACACACAGAGAGAAUGUGUGUCUUUGUGCGCAUACCCCUAAACAUUUUGUGAAUCUAAGUUUGGUCUCAGUGAGGGGCAGUAUUUCAAUAUGAGUAGGAAAAUGAGAGUACCCCCUAAACUUUUUGUUUUUUAAAGAAAAAAAAGCACUGUUUGUGCGUAUAUGUGUAAAGCCACUUUGGCAUCUAAGCGGCAUAUAGGUAAAGAAAUAAUAAUUAACUGUGUAUAUGCACAUCUUGAUAGUUAAAGGGAGCGGCUGUUUUUUGUGUGAUUCCCCUGCCCUGAAUCUUUCUCUGACUUGCCAAAACUUCUGUCUUCUGCAAGUGUUUGUCUUCUCUAUUGUGGCUUCGACAGUAGCACAUGGAUGUGGUUUAUUGAGGCGCCUAGGGAGUGUUCUUCGUUAAGCCUAACAGCUUGUCUUUUGCUUUGCACAUCAAUUGAGCUUCUUAAUUAAAAUUCACCCCGGUGAGAAUUAAAAGCCGCACUGCCCAGGGACCUCUCCCCCUCGCCUCCUUCCCCUGACACAGUUUCAAGCCAAGAUGAGGGAAAACAAGGCCUCUGAUUGGACAGCGACUCUUUCCUGAAAUUGUUUGCAUUUUUUGGACUCUGCUUUCUUCUCCUCAAUUACUCUCUCCUCCUUGGGGGGAAAGGAGCAAGUUUUUAAAAACAUAAUACAAUCAAGUCUGGAAUUUUUAUGCAGAGUAUGUUGGGUUGGAAAGAACUGAGAAUGUGUACUAGAUUUUCUGUUCCCAUUUAGAAAAAAGAGCAGAUUUGUUAAAACAGAAUAGACUUUGCAACUCCAAAGCACAGAGGAGGAAAAAUGAUGCUGAUCAACCACGCAUUACAAUCCUUAGGUUUUGUACUUGGUAAAUGAUUUAUUUUUUUUUAAAUUGCCUGUUCUCCAUGAGACUGCUGUAAAAAAGGAGAGAGAUAUGGAAAACGUGAAUUUCUAAAGUUGAAAGUUUGGCAUAAAUGGAGGCUUUUUGUCUAAGUGCAAUUGCUGUGCAGGGUGGGUGAUUUUCAUGGGGCUGUGACUAGGGAGGGAAGGGUUAAAUUACCCUUCCUCCUCCUAGUGCUUUAAUGCACCCUCUAUGCAGUAAAAGAAACCCAAUGAAAAUUGCUUAUCAUUAAAAUAAAAUAUUGCUUAUCAAAAAAAUUGUAUUAUCCUUACUUUUAACGCUGAUGACACUGAACACUUUGAAUUUAAUGUAACAUGGCACUGAGCCCUUUAGUGUUAUAAUGAUUUUAUUUCCUUCAGAGAUGGUUUUAUUAUAAUAUAUAUAAUUUUGUGGCACAGGCUUGAAUUUCACAGAGUUGCAUCAAAUGGACACAUUUUGAUUGUGGAGCUUUGUAUAUGCAUGCAAAAUGUCCUCCAAACUCCCCUACGCUCAUCUCCUCUGCUGUUGUUCGCUGGCUGAUUGGCAGCUGUUUCAACAUAUCAUUCCUUCUAGUUGUUGCCUAAACUAGGGCUCCUUUUUCCUGGUCAUGUGAUUGAGACUUGGCCACUGUGAGGAUGUCACAGGCCUAUCAUGUAGCCAAUCAGAUCUGGCCAGCGCUAUCAUGUAGCCAACCAGAUCCGGCCAUGUGCUGACAUCACAAAGCCAAUUCAUGGCAACCUUUCCUGCCCUCACUCUGAGCGAAACCCUUUUAACCACACUGGAAUUGCCAGGCAAGGGAGAGGUACCUACAGGUUGCCAAAGCUUCCCUGGAAAAUUGCCUUUUGUGGGGACUCUGCUCCGUUUCAGCCGAAGAGCUGAAGGUGCUGGUGUGGGCUGGAUCCUGUUCCUGGAGACACUUCUACCACAUCCAACAUUUCAGGCAGUGCCGGAUUUACGUACAGUGGUACUUCGGGUUAAGUACUUAAUUUGUUCUGGAGGUCCGUUCUUAACCUGAAACUGUUCUUAACCUGAAGCACCACUUUAGCUAAUGGGGCCUCCUGCUGCUUGCCGCACCGCCAGAGCAUGAUUUCUGUUCUCAUCCUGAAGCAAAGUUCUUAACCUGAAGCACUAUUUCUGGGUUAGCGGAGUCUGUAACCUGAAGCGUAUGUAACCUGAAGCGUAUGUAACCAGAGGUUACUGUAUAAGCUAAACAAGCUAUAGCUUAGGGCCCCACUUUCUUGGGGCCCCCCAAAAAAAUUAAAGGAAAAAAAACACAACUGGAUGUGCAUUUCCAAAAUAUACGAUAAAAAACAAAUAAAAUAAAACCUACAUACAGCAACAGUGUUUUGCGUUGUAUAGGCUCUUAUGAUGUAAGUAAUGGGCCCCGCCUGCUAGCCUGCUCCCUAAAACAUCACUGGUUUGCUCAUUUCUAUAUAUAGGGUGCCUACAUAAAAUAGAAAUUUUAUGAUAAAAUACAUAUUUUGUUAUGUGCAAAUGGCUUGAGAUACCUAUUAGGUCCAUAAAUUACCAUAUAGCAUAUAUUCAACACAAAAAAACCAGUAACAAUUUGUUCUUGACAAAGGACAGCUGGACAUAUAAAGGGCCCCAUUACCUUCAGUAGCUUAGGGCCUCAUCAAACCUAAAUCCAGCCCUGAUUUCAGGUCAGGGUUAGAUUGCUCUGUUAGUUCUUUCCUUCACACCUUUCUACCACGAUUUCUAUUCCUAUCUUUUGAAGAGGUUUUAUCUCAUGCUCAGUUUGGAAACACCUUUAUGCCGCAUUGCAAGGUGAUUUAUUUUGCGUAAAAUGUUAACGUAGGUGCCCUUCUGUCACUUCUCCCAGCUGCCCAUUAGAAUUGUGUUUUGGCAGAGCUUAAAUCCUUGCACAGUGUUUAAAUGCUCCGAGUCCCUUAAGUACCGGUAGAUUUGGGCACCUUUUUAAGAAGCACAUUAAAAGUCCAUAUAUUACCACAUUGACACCUUAGAGCAGGUUAAUAGUUGAGGGUCCCUCAAGGGGUCUUGGGAGAUGUAGUUCUGUGGGAGUGCAGAAAACUCACUCAACGUUGAUGCCAUAUUUCUCCGAUGAAAAUAGGGACGCCCUAAGGAAAAGCGGGACAUUCCAGGAUCCAAUCAGAAACCAGGACUGCUUCUGUAAAUCUGGGACUGUCCCUGGAAGAUAGGGACACUUGGAGUAAGGUUGCUUUACGUCCGGAAUUUCCCAGACGUAGUGGGGAUUUGGCCAUCGAUUGCAGUGUCUGGGUGGGGAUCGCUGGAAUGUCCGGGGAAAUCCAGACGUAUGGUAACCAGUGUCGAAAAAGUAGUUUUUGGCUCAAAAUAGCUCAAAAAUGUUUUUUUUAAAAACGUUUGUUUCCGGAUUUUCACUUUUUGAAACAUAUCAAUCCUAACUUGGCGGUUCUGUGAUAACAGGCAAGCCCUGAUUAUUUCCUCUACAAUAUUGUUGUUCACUGCAAUGGGAAUCUAGUGGCAUACAGACGACUGGGCUGCUUUUCCCUGAAUCACAAAGAUCACUGGGAAGAAGCAUUGUGGCACUGUGAAAAUUAUGCAGUUUUCAAGAUUCUCCAUAGCUGCUAGAAGCGAUUACAUAGCAGUGCUUUAUAUGUAUAGUGAGGAGGCAGCCAUGCUCUGUAUGCCUGACUGCCUUUGUAUGUUUGUGUUACCGGAAUCUCAGCCCUGUUCAGAUAUCCUUGCCCACUGCUUGAUGUACUACCAAGUGAUGACUUGCGUGUUUGAAGGAGCCUUCAAAAGACAGAUGACAGCUACACUUUCCAAGGGAGGUAGUCAGUAAGGGAGGUGCAAGAAUAUCUGGUCCCUGACACUCAGUUGAUCCACAUGGUCAUUUUGGGGUAUUAAAAAAUGUCUGUAGCUAUUUUCCUGCCCCCUUAGCCAGUGCCAGAUUUACGUAUAAGCUAAACAAGCUAUAGCUUAUGGCCCCACUCUCUUGGGGCCCCCAAAAAAUUUAGAGGGGGGGAAAAAAGCCUGGCUGUACAUUUCCAAAAUAUAAGAUAAAAAACAAAUCAAAUAAAACCUACAUACAGCAACAGUGUUUUGUAUUCUGUAGGCUCCUAUGAUGUAAGUAAUGGGCUCCGCAUGCUAGCCUGCUCCCUUAAAAUAUCACUGGUUUGCUCCUUUCUAUAUAUAGGGUGCCUACAUUAUGCAUAAGGGACAUGGGUAGCACUGUGGGUUAAACCACAGAGCCUAGGGCUUGCCGAUCAGAAGGUCGGCAGUUCGAAUCCCCGCGACAGGGUGAGCUCCCGUUGCUCGGUCCCUGCUCCUGCCAACCUAGCAGUUUGAAAGCACGUCAAAGUGCAAGUAGAUAAAUAGGUACCACUCCGGUGGGAAGGUAAAUGGCGUUUCUGUGUGCUGCUCUGCUUCGCCAGAAGUGGCUGAGUCAUGCUGGCCACAUGACCCGGAAGCUGUAGGCCGGCUCCCUUGGCCAAUAAAGCGAGAUGAGCACUGCAACCCCAGAGUCGGUCACGACUGGACCUAAUAGUAAAGGGUCCCUUUACCUUUACCUUUACAUUCUGCAUGGACUGGUUGCCUGGCAACAUGCGCAAAUGGCUUUAGAUACCUAUUAGGUCCAUAAAUCACCAUAUAGCAUAUAUUCAACACAAAAAACAGAGACAAUUUGUUGUUGACAAAGGACAGCUGGACAUAUAAAGGGCCCCAUUACCUUCUGCAGCCUAGGGCCUCAUCAAACCUAAAUCUGGCCCUGCCCUUAGCCCAUACUAAACGCAUACCCUCCAACAUUUCUCCAAUGAAAACAGGGACAUCCCAUUCCAUAAUGAUAAUCUUGCUAUUUAUACUGGUUUGCUCCAACCACUCUGUGCAGCUUCUAACAUAUAUAAAAACAUAAUAAAACAUUAACAAAAAACCCCUUCCCUGUACAGGAUUGCCUUCAGACACCUUGGGAGUCAGAUAACUCCAUACCCUCCAACAUUUUUCCAAUUAAAAUAGGGACAUCCUACAGAAAAGUGGGUUAUCAGAAACCAGGAUAUCUUCUUUAAAUCAGAAGCAUCCCUGGAAAAUAGGGACACUUGGAGGGUCUGUAAAUAUUUGCAUGGUGUAAAUCCUGCCUUAGCGGAGGAGUGGGGGCCACGUGCUAGGGUGUGGCUAAAUUUGGCAGAUGGGCAGGGCUGUCUGCCUGUCAAUCACGUAACAUCACAACCGGGGAUCUGGAUUCAUAAUGGUCUGCUGGGAUCUGGGCUCUGGGCUAGUGGUUGAGGCUCAACUUUGAGCCAGGACUUACCCUAUAGAUUUGUGAAUUAAUAUCUCAGCCCCUAUGAGUUAGUACUAGAGGGUUCCUGGGUGUACACAGAGAGCCACAUGCAGUCACCACAACCUGCCCACCCACCACAAAAAUUGAGAUUUUUGUGUCACCUCUUCAUUUAGGAAUUAGGAACUGAACUGUGACUAAUUGGAACAGUGGGCAUUUUCAGAUUUGUUUUUGCACCUGCGGGUUGACAUGUGAACACAGUGCUUUUGAGCAUGUGCAGAGUGCUUUUUUCACCUAACUGCAGUGGUGUAGCUAGGUAAUUUUAAACUCCAGACUCCAUGCUAUUAUUGAGGGGUAGAUGCAGAGAUUCCAAAGGACCUUAUAAAAUUGUUUAUGUAUGCUACAACCGCAGCUAGAACAGAAUUUGCCCAGAGGUGGAAAGAAGAUAUUAUUCCAACCAAGGAAGAGUGGCCGAUCAAAUUAAUGGACUAUGCCGAAAUGGCAAAAUUAACAGGUGUAAUAAGAAACCAAGAGGGCGAAAUAGUUAUUAAAGAGUGGGGAAAAUUUGUGGAAUAUUUGAAAAGUUAUGGCACCAGCAGGGUUAACUUAAAACCAGCAGUUUAAUAAAAAAUGAUUAUUAAGAGAAAGAAAAGAAUAACUUAAAGAGGGAGUUAUGUGGAAAAUGCAGUAUAUAAAAAAUCUAAAACUAAAGAAAAAACCACAAAAGGAGGGGAGGUUAGGCAAAUUCAUAGCUGUUGUGGAUUACUUGUGAGUUAUGUGUCUGGUAUUUGUAUGUUUGUAAACUUUUGAAAAACCAAAAAACCCACCAAAAACAAAAACAAACAAACAGUGCUAUUAUGGGGGGGGGAGAGACUCUCUUUAGAAGUUAGUGGGUAUACCUUGGUCGCUUCAAAACUGGCUCUCUUGGUCAUUCUGCUGAUUGGGGGGGCCCUGGGUGUCCGCCCCAAAAUCCUGCUUGACAGCAUCAUCAAGGUCUUUGAGGACAUCAGGGGCUCUGAGGUAGAUUAAGAUUCCUAUACCACCCUCUUGGAAAUCGAUUCCAGCUCCUGUGCUGAUGCAUUUACCAGAUUUCAAGCACUCCAAUCAAUCAAUCAAUCAAUCAAUCAAUCAAUAAAAUUAAAAAUGCACAAAACGGCUGAUUUGAGAAUUCAGUUUGUGUGAAUAGCUGUGUUUUCAGCAUCAAAUGAUAAUGAGCAAAACAACAACAACAACAACAGAUGGAGUAGCUACUACAAGGCACCGGUUUCCAAAUACGCCCUUCAUCAUUGUAUAUACAUCUUGCAAUCUUAUGAUUGUACAAUCCUCACCGGGAAGGAAAAAAAACUUUCCCGGUGCCAUUUCGAGCAAGGGUUGAAGAAGAUGAUACAAACACAGAUUUCUUUUUUUAAAAAUACAUUCUUUAUUGAAAAAUGUAAAAAGUACAAAAUUACAAGUGCACAGAGUAAGAUAAGACACGAAAAAGAAGAAGAAACAAGAAAUAGUACCCAUGCAGAAAACAAAGCAGAAAAAAGAUGUUGUAUACAUUAAAAAAAGGGGGUGGAGGCUUGUUAUUGUAGUUAACCAGACCUUAAUCUAAUACGGUAUUUAUGAACUGGAAAAAUAAAAAUGUAUCUCUCUUUAAUGAUUGAAUGGAGAAUAAGGAUAAGCUUGCAACAAAUGAACAAGUUGUGCACAAACGUAGACUUGCCAUGGACAAAUGUAAGGAUAUUUGGAAUUCGUUUUUAUAAAGAUGUAACCACAGAUUUAACAGGAUCCCACCACACACCCCAUCCUGGUGGUUGCAUGCAUUUAUCCAAAUCCUGGAUGAAUCCUUGUCUGGUUAUAUGUUAACAGUCGCUGGAAUUGGGCCAGUUACUUACUUCCUUUCCCCUUUCCCCUUUCUGUUUGCUUUCGAAGACCUUGAGAAAUCGACCAUCAUUGAGAACGGCGAAAUCCGUAUCAACGGCAAAGGCAAGAAGAUCCGCAAGCCACGCACGAUCUACUCGAGUCUCCAGCUCCAGGCCCUCAACCAGCGCUUCCAGCAAACCCAGUACCUGGCAUUACCUGAGCGAGCAGAACUAGCAGCGCAGCUGGGCUUGACCCAAACCCAGGUGAGAUGUUGCAAAUGUCCUUUAGUUCAUUUAUCUGUAACAUAACUUCCCUCACCCCCAAGUUCCUAGGAGUUUAGGGUCUGACCUACACGUAGGGUGGCCUGGUGAGAAAGAGGACUUCAAUACUUCUGUUAAAAAAAAAGAAAGGUAAAGGACCCCUGGACAGUCAAGUCCAGUCAAAGGCGACUAUGGGAUUGUGGCGUUCAUCUUGCUUUCAGGCCAAGGGAGCUGGCGUUUGUCCACAGACAGCUUUCCUUCUUUUUCCAAAGAAAAGGAAGAAAAUAAAGAGGAAAGGAAAGGAAUGCAAGGCCCUUUAUCACAAUUAUAUCUUAACCCUUAUUCCAUGCACAGAAGAGUGAAAUCUCCCAGCUCUCGCUUGGGAGCUCCCCCCCCCCACUUUUCCCAGUCUCCCACCCUGGAAUAUCCUCUCUGCCCUGCCCCUCACACAGGACCCUUCAUCUUCUGCCCAUCACCUUCCUGCAUCUUCAUUAAUCCAAGAUGGGGAACCUCAAAAAGCAGAGCAUAAAUAUAAAUAGAACCAGGACAUUUUUUUCAGCCAGAACUCAGUUCCAGCACCCCUCAGAUGGAUGCCAUUGCCAUUAUAAGAGAACGAGGGAGGCGUUCAUGGUGAGUUCUGGCACCUCUUUUUCUAGAAAAAUAGCACUGGAUAGAAUGAACAGAAAGAAAACAAGAAUUAGAGAUCAUAGAGAGGUAAGAUACCCCUGCAACCCCUGCUCUUAAUUACUACAUCCAGGGCCAGAUUUAGGUUUGAUGAGGCCCUAAGCUACUGAAGGCAAUGGCGCCCUUUGUAUGUCCAGCUGUCCUUUGUCAACAACAAAUUGCCACUGUUUUUUGUGUUGAAUAUAUGCUAUAUGGUGAUUUAUGGACCUAAUAGGUAUCUAAAGGCAUUUGCACAUAACAAAAUAUGUAUUUUAUCAAAGUAAUUGUUGAAAUGAAAUACAAUUAAGAAGAAAUAUAUGAAUAGUGAAAUACAAUUAAGAAGCCCAAGUUUGAGAAACAAGGUACCAUUGUAUAUAGAAAUGAGCAAACCAGUGAUAUUUUAGGGAGCAGGCUAGCAGGCGGGGCUCAUUACUUACAUCACAGGAGCCUACACAACACAAAACACUGUUGUUGUAUGUAGGUUUUAUUUUAUUUGUUUUCUAUCUUAUAUUUUGGAAAUGUACAUCCAGGUUUUUCCCCCCUUAAAUUUUUUUGGGGCCCCCAAGAGAGUGGGGCCCUAAGCUAUAGCUUAUUUAGCUUAUACAGUGGUACCUCGGGUUAAGUACUUAAUUCGUUCCGGAGGUCUGUUCUUAACCUGAAACUGUUCUUAACCUGAAGCACCACUUUAGCUAAAGGUGCCUCCUCCUGCUGCUGAGCCACCAGAGCACGAUUUGUGUUCUCAUCCUGAAGCAAAGUUCUUAACCCGAGGUACUAUUUCUGGGUUAGCAGAGUCUGUAACCUGAAGCGUCUGUAACCCGAGGUACCACUGUACGUAAAUCCAGCACUGACUACAUCACACUAGUUGUGAUAGUCCAGUCUCUCUUUAGUAGCUGUGUAGUAACAGUAGCAGAAAAUGCAAUAAUUUUUCUGAUAAUUGAAAUUGGAAUGAAAUGUUACCGUCGUUUCCCAUUCUCUCCAUUUCUGAGCUUAUGGCUGCGCUUGUCAUUCUUUUCGUAGCCACAACUGCCCAGCCUACGGUCGAGAAAGAGGUGACAGCAGGCUUGAGAGGUUUGCAGAAGUACAAGAAACGCAUUUAGGGGAGGAUGCAUUGCGUAGUGUGGGACCCAAUAGCAGCUAAGCACGCACUGAGCAUGCUCAGUGGUUGUGGAAUGCUGACGGACGGUUUCAGGGAGGUGGUGGAAAGCGAGGGAGCAAGGGAAGGGAAGGGAGAGGCUGGAAUCCUGGGCAGCAACACUUUGCACCGGUGGUGACAUUUUAUUGCGCAGGUGUGAGUGACUGUGGCAGGUGCCGGGCAGAGUGAGGUGUUCUCUGCCCAGAAGGUGUUGCACUCUUCCUUAGGCAAGACACUAAUGGAGAAAGCUCAGGAACAAACAGGAGGAUUGUGGGAAUGGGGUUGAGUGGAAAUGAAGUACGAGGCUUUCCCCUGUGGCUGGAAAUGCUUCACCUGUUGAAUUUCUGGCUGUGCCCCCAGUAUUUAAGAAGCACGGGCUCCCUGCCAGGAUGACAACAACCAUGUAUAUUCAACUGGUAAAGCUUAUGAACUCCCCUUUUGGUGCGCCAAAUCCAAAGGCACGGUCCGGUGAUGUCUGUUUCCAUGUGACUCGUGCUGGAGUCUCGCCCCCUGGAUUUUGCCCACGCUUUGGGAGAUUUUAGGGGAACUGGCACUAUCGAAAGUUUCUUCCACUCACCCAGAAGCUCUUCCUCACAGGUGGUUGAGCAGCUUAAGGAGAUCGCUCGAGACAGACAGAUGUCAGGGGUGAGCCCAGAGCCAGAGGCAUAAAAAAGAUUUAUUUUUAUUUAGGCAGAGAAGGAGAGAGUCAAGUAAGAACCUGCCAAAUCUGCACACUGAGAACUUGUGGGGUGGGUGAGGGCAGGGAAUUGUGUUGUAGGACUGUGAAGCGUUAUAAAAUGGGGUUCUUCCUCUGUGGGAUAUCAGAAUUAGCAGGUAAACCAAACGUGAAUAGAAAAAAAAGGCAGCAGUUUGUUUUGGUCUCUUUCCGAGGAGCUAUGGGCUGGAGCACAUGGAAUAUUCCGAACUGAAUAGCUCCCCCAAUUGGCUGCUUGGCAGAUAAAGGUGCUAUAUGUGUAUUUCACAGAAUCAUAAGAGCUAGAAGGGGACAUAAGGGUCAUUUAGUCCAGCCCCCUGCAAUGCAGGAAUCUUUUUGCCCAACCUGGGGCUCAAACCCAUGAUCCUGAGGUUAAGAGGACUCAUAUUAUGUCAUAAAAUUGACACACCGCUCGCUUGUAGAAACCUCAAAGCAGUUUACGAAAAGAUAAAGCAAUGAAAUCAAGAGAGAGAAAAUUACAACAGCGCUUUAAAACGUACAAAAGUUAACAUGCUAAAACAGAUUAAAAUUAGAAUAGGUUAGCCCAUGGAAUUUUUGGCUUUCGGGCAGGGGAGGAGUUGGUAUUCUGCAACAAAUUCUGGUUCCGCAGUGGAAUGAAAGAGUAACAGCAAAAGUCAGGACUCUUGCCUCAGUGUGAGGCACUUGCGGAAACAAGGAUUUUAGAUAGUGUGCAAAAAGUUCCUCUAUACUUUGGACACCACAAGCACCCUCAGCUUGCACACUUAGACACUGUGUAGCGUCAAGUUCAGCCAAAAUAAGUAAACAGGAUAUUGUUUGUAUCGGCUUGUAUCUGAGUAGGAUUCAAAAACUCAUUUUGUUCUGUUCAGUGUUUUAUUUUUGUGUUGUGUGUACUGGUCGUAAAGUGUGGCUCCCAUUAUUAUUAUUAUUAUUAUUAUUAUUAUUAUUAUUUUAUUUACCUGUUUUACCCACUUUUUAAAAACGUUUUAAAUGAUAAGUUGAGCUUUGUUUUACAUUCUUGUGAGCUUCUUUGGAAAGGGUUCCUUCCCCUCUCAAAAAUGUCGGGGUAUAAACUUACUAUACAAAUAAAUUGUCUUCCCUGGUGCACCAAAUAUGACCCUAUACUCUUCUCUGAAACUUCAUCAGAACCAAAGAGGUUUAGUUUUAGGUCUUGAAGAAGUCUGUGAUGCAUUUAUGCUACAGUUUUCAUACACACCAUGCAUUUAAAGUAUAUGACUUUCUGUAAAUUAUGGUUUCCAAUAUUUUUCACAGCGAUGGGGCAAAUUUAGCCCCUCCCUCCCUUUAAUAGAGAGAGAGAGAGAGAGAUAACUUAGUAUGAAUAUAAUGUUGUUUUUAAAAAUUGAGCCUUGUCGCCUAAAUCCACUUGCUCAGGGGAGGUCCAUGGUGGGCAAUAUAUAUAUUUUUCUUUUAAAAGAGAGCUCGAGGUGGUUUCAGGGAGUCUUCGCUUCUUGUGGGGUGCACAUUUAUUUUCUCCCAACCUCCCUUCUGGACAAACAGGUUUGGCAGGUUUUGGAGACAAAGCAACAACCUGCAGGACCUGUUUUUCCGGGGAUGAAAGUGGGAUGAGUUCUUCACACCAUGAGCAAGGAUCCCUCUUCUGAGCCACCCUUUCUCAGGAGAAAAUAAUCUGUCCCAAGCUCUCUCUGUUUGUAUGUUCAAUAAUAAAGGCUGAUGGUGCAGCUUGAGCAGACAAAACUUCCUUAUGCCAGCAUUGUCUACCUUUGUUGGCAGAAGCUCUCCAGAGUCUCAAGCAAAAAGGGGGUUUUCACAUCCCUGCUACCUGACAUUCUUUGAUCUGGAGAUCCCCGAGAUCUAGGUUGCAUCCAUACCAUAUCUUAUACCACAUUGGCUUCUCCCAAAGAAUCCUAAAGGUAAAGGGACCCCUGACCAUUAGGUCCAGUUGUGGCCGACUCUGGGGUUGCGGUGCUCAUCUCGUUUUACUGGCCGAGGGAGCCGGCAUACAGCUUCCAGGUCAUGUGGCCAGCAUGACUAAGCCGCUUCUGGUGAACCAGAGCAGCGCACGGAAACGCCGUUUACCUUCCCGCCGGAGUGGUACCUAUUUAUCUACUUUCACUUUGACGUGCUUUCGAACUGCUAGGUUGGCAGGAGCAGGGACCGAGCAACGGGAGCUCACCCCGUGGCGGGGAUUCGAACCGCCAACCUUCUGAUCAGCAAGUCCUAGGCUCUGUGGUUUAACCCACAGCGCCAUCUGCGUCCCCAAGGAAUCUUGGGAGGCCAUAAUUUGCAAAGGUUGCAGAGAGUAUUUAAGAGACUUGUCACAGACAGUGGUGUAGGUAGCCACUCGGGUGCCUGGGGUCUCCUGGGGUCUCAGGAGAGUCGCGUGGCUCAGGCACGCUGCAGGUACCACAGUGUGAUGCCCAGUGCCCCCCGCCUCACCUAGCUACGUCUCUGGAUUAGGCAGGUUCAUGGAGGAGGGGGCUGUCGAAGGCUACUAGCCAUAAAGGCUGUGCUCUGCCUGCAUAAUUGGAGACAGCAGUGCUUCUGGUUUCUGGAAAUUGCUUGAGGGGAGAGCGUUCCUGCAUUGGCUAGGAAGGGGGGUGCGGUGGGAGUGGGAGUUAUUUUUUCAAAAACACACAUUUUUUGCCAUUUUGUCACCCCCCUCAAUGAUGACACCCGGGGUGGCCUGCACCCACUGCACCCCCCUUCCUACGCCACUGGUCACAGAGCUACAGUCCCCAGAACUCUUAGCAAACUACGGUUCCCAGGAUUCUUUGGGGGAAGCCAUGACUGCUGAAGUGGUAUAAGAGUGCUUUAAAUGUAAGAUGUGAGCGUGACCUGGAUUUCAGACCUCCUGCGUGCAACAUACAUUCUCAGCCAUUGAGCUAUGACCCAUUAGCUUCAACCUGGCCUUUAGCCCUGGCACCUAUUUUAAACGCUCACCAAAUGGAAGGUGUGCAAUAAGUCUAUUUUCUACCACAUCGUGGCCCCAGCUGGGGCAAAAGGGAGGUGUACGUUGCUGGCGGGGUAUUAGCACUGCACUUUAAAUUGUUAUAAGCUGCCCUGGGACCUUGGCAUUGAGGGCAGGUAAUAAAUUUAAAAUACAUAUUAUUAAUAAUAGUGGAAUCACAGUCCCAAUCCUUCUGGCUACUUUUCACUUAUGAGGAACCAGUUACUAGGAAGAUUAGCCUCUAGUGAAUCUUCUUUUGCAUGCAAAAAAAUUUUCCCCAAAGUUACAGGUGCCUUGACACUAGAUUCUCUCCCCCCUCCCCAUUGUUUCUCUCCUUCUGUAUUUUAAACUAUUACCCAGUAAUAUAUGACAAUCCAUCUGCUCCCCCUGCUACACUGCACUCCUAAGUUUUCAACAUGAUGAGACGGGGAUAAUGUAGCACAUAAGAAGGGAAGACUCUGGAGGGAUAAAUCACAUAUUUUUCUACUGCUUCUCCCUCCAGUAGUUUUCCACCUCCUCAAAAUGCCCUGAAGACCAAUGUUUACACUUUGCCCUCUCUGAUCUUUCCACAAAUGCCAUUGUGCAACCAGCUUUUUUGGGGGGGGGUGGAGAAGAAGGAAGAAAAGGUGGGGGAGGAGAACUUAUUGAAAAAGUUAGCUGGGGUCAGGCAGCAACAGAGCGUAUUAAAAAGGCAAGUAGGGGCAAGUAGCUGCUGGAGGUUGCCAAAAUAUGCAGCAUGCUUCACAAGCCCUGAUCUUUAAUCCUUGCAAUAGCCCUAGGAGAUAGGGCACGAUUAUUCCCAUUUUACAGACUAGGAAAUUAAGGCAGAUGGAAAGAGGCUUAUGGCAUUGGAAGGCACCAAGAGGCAAGGCAACCCCAGCCCCUUGCCUUGAGGCAGGAUUAUCCAUUCACCGGCUUAUCACAGGUUGACUUAAAGUGUUUGGAAAUUUCUGGCCUCAGAGGCCAUGCCACAUGAUCCAAUAGGUACCAGGCUGCAAUAAAUUCUAGGGUAUCCUUCUCUAGACGCAGUUCCUUUAUUGGCACAGUCCCCGCCACACAUUACUGUACUGCUGCUUUGAGUGUCCAUGCCUACCCUCCAACUCAACCACUGAGCCCAGGCUUGCCGAUCGGAAGGUCGGCGGUUCGAAUCCCCGCGAUGGGGUGAGCUCCCGUUGCUCUGUCCCAGCUCCUGCCAACCUAGCAGUUCGAAAACACACCAGUGCAAGUAGAUAAAUAGGUACCGCUCUGGCGGGAAGGUAAAUGGUGUUUCCGUGCGCUGCUCUGGCUUCGCCAGAAGCGGCUUAGUCAUGCUGGCCACAUGACCCGGAAAAAGUGCCUGCGGACAAACAUUGGCUCCCUCGGCCAGUAAAGCGAGAUGAGUGCCGCAACCCCAGAGUCGUUCGUGACUGGGCUUAACUGUCAGGGUCCCUUUACCUUCAUUUUAAAACAGAAUCACUCUUUUGGAGGGUUAAGGGCAUGGGUGAGAGAAAGUCCCAGCCCACAAGUAGAAGUCUUUGCCCUGAUGUGAUGGGCUAGUUGAAUCCUACCAGCAAUACCACCACCAUUUUGCCCUUGGUGGAAAUAGCACCAGACAGUGCCGUUCAAGAACAUUAUACACAAGUGGUUUGACAUACACAUCCCCACACUGCGUAGGUGCAUAGGAUCAAAUGUCUUAAGCAGAGUCAGGCCACAGGCAGGACCAGUAAAGGGCUUCCUUCCUGUAUGAAUGUUACUACAAGUCUGAGUGUUUGGCUGAGUCCAUAUAUGGCAACUUCAACACAGUCUGGAAAGGAAUGCCAAGACAAUUCAAUAUGUGGCAGAAGUUCUGCAUCCAAAUUUUGACUCUUUAGAAUUUUUCCAACGCUUUCACAUUUGAGUUUCAACUUGAGUGUUGCUGGAGAACAUUGAGACAAUCGGGGCAAGUGUUGACUUGCAUAUUCAAUAUUCGACCGCACUACAGUUCUUGAACCUAACACUAUUCAUGAAUGCAAAGGGGGGGAAGACCUUUAAGAUGAGAAAAAUAUAUAUAUUUUUAGCAAGGGCGUUCAAGAAGGAAGAACUUGCUUGAUGACUUUUUUCCUUUCUUUCUCCUAGCCUUGUUUUGCUUCUCUCAACUGGUUGCUGACCGAAAUAAAUUUAGGCUGCUUCUCUGCAUGCUCUGUUUACACCUUUCCCUCUCUGUUAUCGCAGGUGAAGAUCUGGUUCCAGAACAAGCGUUCCAAGUUCAAAAAGAUUAUGAAGCAGGGCUCCAGCAUCCAAGAUGACCACCUCCACAGUUCCUCAUCCUUGUCCCCUUGCUCCCCCAACAUCCCCCCACUCUGGGACAUCCCCAUGGCCUGCAAAGGCCCUCCCCUGCCUCCCAGCAGCUACAUCAACAGUUUUGGACCUUGGUACCACCAACCGCAGCACCAAGACGCCAUGGGGAGGCCUCCGGUGAUGUGA